AUGGGUUUCCAGCUGAAGCAGCUCUGGAGCGCUCCGGAAAUCAACCCGUACAACAAGAAAGCAAAGUCCAUCCCUGUGUUCAAUCCUGUCGAUAAAUAUGGACGAGUGUUUUUCUUCUCCUAUUUGGGAUUUUUCAUUGCUUUCUGGUCGUGGUACGCGUUUCCGCCUCUGCUAUCCGUAACCAUCAAGAAGGAUCUUCAUCUCUCCCAGAAUGAGGUCGCCAAUUCCAACAUUAUCUCCUUGACGGCCACGCUCGUGAUGCGCGCCAUUGCCGGUCCACUCUGCGACAGAUUCGGGCCUCGCCUCACGUUCGUCGGCUGCCUUCUGCUCGGAGCGAUCCCGUCUGCGCUUGCUGGUACCGCCCACAACGCCGCAAGCCUCUAUGCCAUCCGCUUCUUCGUCGGUAUUCUCGGCAGCACCUUCGUGCCUUGUCAAGUAUGGACGACUGGCUUCUUCGACAGGAAUGUGGUCGGAACUGCCAACGCCUUGGUAGGAGGCUGGGGUAACUCCGGUGGUGGUAUUACUUACUUCGUCAUGCCUGCUAUCUACGAUUCUCUUGUACACAAGAGCGGGCUGACACCUCAUGUCGCCUGGCGUGUCUCCUUCAUCGUGCCCUUCAUCCUCAUCACUGCUACCGCUAUCGCCAUGCUUCUCCUAACCGAAGACACUCCCACCGGCAAGUGGUCCGACCGCGAGAAGGCGGUACCUGUUGGCCACACCAACGCCACCAUUGUCCCGACGACCGGCGACCUCACCGAUAAGCCUACAACCACUGGCUCAUUCUCUUCAAACGACGACAAGAAGACGCCUAUCGUUCCAGCAGAUGUCGAAUCCGCUACCGGAGAAGUCCAGAUCAUCGACGAAGUCCAGCACGAGGUCAUCGUCAGCCCUAGCGGCAAGGAGAUCCUGAAAAUCCUGUGCUCAAUCCAGACUAUCACGCUCUGCGCCGCAUACGUCUGCUCGUUCGGCGGCGAGCUGGCUAUCAACUCCAUCCUGGGCUCGUACUACCUGAAGAACUUCAAGCACCUCGGCCAGACACAGACAUCGUCUGGCCGAUGGGCCGCCAUGUUCGGUCUCCUCAACGUCAUCACGCGACCGGCUGGCGGCUUCUUCGGCGACCUGAUCUACAAGUGGACCAACCACAAUCUGUGGGCGAAGAAGCUGUGGAUCCACUUCGUCGGCAUCAUGUCCGGCAUCUUCCUCAUCGUGAUCGGCAAACUUGACCCUAAGAAUCUCGAUGAGAUGAUCGGUCUCAUUGCGCUGAUGGCUAUCUUCCUGGAGGCGGGUAAUGGCGCUAACUUUGCGCUGGUGCCGCAUGUGCAUCCUUUCGCCAACGGUAUCGUCUCCGGCCUCGUCGGCGCCUCGGGCAAUCUUGGCGGCAUCAUCUUCGCCAUCAUCUUCCGCUACAACGGCACGCACUAUGCGCGCGUCUUCUGGAUCAUGGGCGUCAUGGUCAUUGGCUUGAACGUCGGGUUCAUCUGGGUUCGGCCCAUUCCAAAGGGCCAGAUUGGUGGUCGCUAG